UGCCUAGAGCUGAUAAACAUGCAACAGGGUCUGCUCCUCGCUCUUGUUUCUACCUUGGAUGCUGCUGAGCCCAAGCGUUGCUGCUCUAUGGAUUAACCAGGAUUGCCAUCUGUUGCAGUCUCCUUUAUGUGUCCUAUUACAUAAGGACUCAUUCUGGGAAGUUUUGACAUCACCCCAUAUCCUUUCCCUGAAGGAUGUGCUGGAUGAGGUGGCUGCGAUUGCUGCCUUUUACCAGCCACCACGGGAUGAAAACAGCUGCUCAGUGCUUUAGGUGAGCGUUCCCUGCCUGGACACUUCUAGGAAAGGAUCCACAGCAAGGAAGUGGGCAGUGUGACACACAGUCUGUUUUCUAAUAGCAAGAUUUGUGCUAAUAAAUAAAAUAAAACAGACCCCCUCAGCACUACCUUGCAGAGGCUGCUUUAAUCCCAAGCAUUUACUGAUCCUGUGAUCACCAGGUAUUGCUUCCAUUAUUUAUGGGGCACGGCUGUGGGCAGGCUGCUUGUACAGAGCCGAGCUUGCAACCACCUGUUUGCUGUUGCUCGAGUUGCUUAGAGAUCACAAACUCUGAUCACAAGAGCAAUGUGCGGCUGCAGAGCCAGCAUCCCCAGCACCAAGCAUUACUCUGUCAACCCUGCGCCCACCACGAAGAGCCCUCCAGCUACAGCAGGCAUGCCCAAGCGCAUACCUAUAGCCAAGCAGCUGGCAUCAAUAAAAGCUCUAGAAAAAGGCUCAGACCUUGAAAAAGCUUUUGCUACUGCUGCGCUGGUGUAUAACAACUCUGCUGACCCUGAGGGCAAACUCAGCAAAGCUGAAACCAAGAGCCUGCUGCAAACCCAGUUUUCAAGAUUCAUACAGGGCCAGGAAAACAAGCCAAAGUACCAGGAAAUUAUUUCUGCCCUGGAUGAGGAGCCAGAGAAGAAAAUUGAUUUUGAAGAUUUCAUGAUCUCACUGGUCAGCCUUGCUCUGCUGUCUGACCUGCUGCAGGAGAUCAAAAACGUGAAAUCCACGAAAUGAUGAGUGCUUUGUAAGGAAAGCAGGGGUGAAAUGCACACAGAGAUAACACUGAGUGCUGCAUCCCUUCUGCUCUUGCCUUUGAAAUGGAAUAAAGCCUUGCCCAAAGCAGCUACCUGUAGGUGAUAUG